UCGUGCAAACAACUGCCCCAAAAGAACAGAGCAGUAAGAGAAAGAAAGACUUUGGCUUUGCUGCAGGUCAUGGAUGGCUUUUCGUAAUAAUUUCGUAUUAAUAAAUAUUUUUUUCUCAAAUUCUGAGCCCUGUUGUUAGAUUAGAUUAGAAUUCAAAGAUUGCAUCAUUCAUUCAUUCAGUCACUCUGCAGUACUACUAUUUUCUCUGUUCAUCCUUUGAGUGGUCAAGUUUCAUUUCCACUAUUUCUUCUGUUUGCUCUGAGAAUCUUUAUUGUGUUUUCUUGGUGAAGUUUCAUCAAGUGAAAGAAGCCUGUUUCUGUGUUUCUGAUGCGGGUUAUUAUUAUGGUAAUGAGUCUUUUGAGUUUUGACUGCUGAGUAAAAGCAGAUGAAGUUAGAUUUUUGUUCAAUAAAGAGACUGGUUAGUAGUAGCAUUCUUGUUCUUGUAGUGUCCCUUUGAGAUUUCCCAUCUCCAGCUUCGUUUUGAGUGCUAAAUUUCUUUUCUUUCUGCUCCUUCUUUGAAAGUUUGGGUUUACUUGUGAAAGAUGCGUACGUUCCAGCAGCCUACAAUGAGGGAUGGAGUUGUGGGUGGUGAUGGGCAAGUCCUAGAUUUGGACACUGCUGUAAAAGAUGGGGUUUUGGGUGGUGUUGAUGGCGGGGUAAUUGGCGGUGGUGGUGUUGCUGAGAAAUUGGAUCUGAAGAAGAUGAUUGAAGAGCUUGAUUUGGCGGAAGUGCCUUCGGUGUUUAUAUGCCCAAUCUCUCUUGAGCCAAUGCAAGACCCUGUCACUCUUUCCACCGGCCAAACUUACGAGAGGUGCAACAUUCUCAAAUGGUUCAGUUUGGGGCGCUAUACUUGCCCCACUACAAUGCAAGAGCUUUGGGAUGAUUCCGUUACACCUAAUAACACACUUUACCAAUUGAUUCACACUUGGUUUUCUCAAAAAUAUUUGCUUGUGAAGAAGAGAUCCGAGGAUGUACAAGGAAGAGCAAGUGAGCUCGUCGAGACAGUAAAGAAAGUCAAGGGUCAAGCAAGAGUUCAAGCCCUGAAAGAGCUGCGACAGUUGGUGGCAGCUCAUGCAACCGCUAGAAAGACACUGGUCGAUCAAGGUGGGGUUGCUGUAAUCUCUUCCUUGCUUGGUCCAUUUACCUCGCAUGUUGUUGGCUCUGAGGUAAUUGCCAUUCUGGUGAAUUUGACACUUAAUUCUGAAUCCAAAACAACCUUGAUGCAGCCUGCCAAAGUUUCAUUAAUGGUAGAUAUGUUGAAUGAGGGGUCUAUUGAGACCAAGAUUAACUGCACACGCUUGAUUAGGAAAUUGAUGGAGGUUGAGGAUUUUCGUCCAGAGGUUGUCUCAAGGCAUAGUCUUUUAGUAGGGUUGAUGAGGCUGGUGAAAAAUAAGAAACACAGCAGUGGGAUUUUGCCUGGACUUAAGCUACUCAGGUCAAUAUGUUUGCAUAAAGAAGUUAGGAGUUUGAUAGUCAGCAUUUCAGCCGUUCCUCAGCUUGUUGAUUUGUUGCCUUCUCUGGAUCCUGAAUGUUUAGAGUUAGCACUCUGUAUCUUGGAUGAACUUUCAUGCGUACCAGAAGGAAGAUUAGCUUUGAAAGACUGUGAAAACACAAUACCAAAUAUGGUGAGGCUGUUGAUGAGAGUUUCUGAAAGUUGUACUCAGUAUGCAUUGUCAAUCUUAUGGUCUGUAUGCAAACUUGCUCAUGAGGAAUGCUCAACCAUUGCCGUGGAUGCGGGCCUAGCUGCAAAACUUCUUCUUGUCAUUCAAAGUGGUUGCAAUCCCGACUUGAAGCAAAGGUCUGCUGAACUACUAAAGCUGUGUAGUCUAAACUACACUGAUACCAUUUUCAUUUCCAAGUGCAAGCUCACAAGGACCAUCCAAUGAGUGGAAUAUUAUGCUUGUUGUCUUAUACACUAUCCCUUUGAUGCUAGGGCAGUGGAGUUGAGGGUCUGAUGGAUCAGCUACGAAGUGUAAAUAGUGGUUGCUUCCUUGUAUAUUCUUAAUCACUUUAGUUUCAGUUAUUGAUUCUAAAAUCAUUCAGAAGCAUAUUAUCCUGUGGUGGAUUGACAUCAAUUGGUCAUCUGCAGUUUCCAAUUGUCAAUGCCGUAGAUAAACCUCAUCAAGAAGUUUUGUAAAAUGUUAGAUUUUGGUGGAUUCUUUAGGAAUUGCUUUGUUCUCUUUAGAUCUUAGUUUCCAGGGUGCCCUCCAAUUUUCCCUCCUAUUGUUGUGGGAGUGUUCGCUUUUGAACCCCACAAAUGCAGAGGCUGGAGUGCCUUUUGGCCUUCAAUUGUCAAUUCAACGUUCAAGGAAUGAAAUUAGCUACUCUAUUGUUAUAA